AUAAACAAUCUUUUAUUCCAAGCUACCUUAAAGAUGCAAUUAUAGAAAAACUUCAAAAUCCAAAUCAUCCAUUAUGUCUACCAAUGUGCUUCAAAGAAUAUUGUCAAAUAUCAAUUUCUACUGAUUUUUCUGUUUUACCUAAAAUUUUGUUAUAUUAUUUUGAAGUUGAUAUUAUUAUAGAUAAAGGCGAAACUGGUUAUAUUGAAAUUGGAUUUACUAAAAAUUUAAACAACCUUAAUAUUUUGCCAGGAUGGCAUUCUGGUUCAAUGGGAUAUCAUGGUGAUGAUGGAUUUAAAUUUGAUGAAAGUGGUCAUUAUGAAGUGUACAGUCCUUUAUUUAGCACAGGAGUCACUAUUGACAUUGCAUUUGAAGUUGCUUUAAAUGAAAAUUUAUUUCCUAUUGUCAGAAUGAGAUCUCAUGGUGGAUGUGUAGAAUUGAAUUUAGGAAUGAAACUAUUUAAAUUUGAUAUUGACUCUUAUGCUAAA